CUGCUGGGGCAUUUCAUGUGUUAUCUCCCAUGUGAACAUGCCCGUGUGUUUGUGGCUCUAUUUGACUAUGACCCCCUGUCCAUGGCUCCUAAUCCUGACGCUGCUGACGAGGAGCUGCCAUUCAAGGAAGGCCAGAUCAUCAAGACGCGGAUGGCUUCUACAGGGCAGAGAUCCGAGACCGAGUGGGUCUGAUCCCGUGUAACAUGGUCUCUGAGAUCCAAACAGAAGAUGAUGAAAUGAUGGACCAGCUCCUUAAACAGGGCUUCCUGCCACUUAACACUCCUGUGGAGAAGUUAGAAAGAAACAGGCGAAGUUGGCGUCAGCAUCUGAUGUCGACGCGAAGAAUGGUGGCUCUGUACGACUACGACCCUCGAGAGAGCUCCCCAAAUGUUGAUGUUGAGGCUGAACUGACUUUCUGUGCCGGUGAUGUCAUCACAGUUUUUGGUGAAAUAGAUGAAGAUGGCUUUUACUAUGGAAGUACACAGAACUCGCAUGACCUGAUUGGUAGACAAAGCAAUACGAAGGUUAUGGAAAAGAAACUCAGCUAAUGGAUUUGGGGCACUUAAAGUGAACGUGCUUUCAGAAAAACAUGCCAUGAAUAAGCUUUAUAGAAAUUUAUAGAACAUGUUGUAGUCUGGUAGACCACCUUUUGUCUACAGCACCAGUUUGUUAGAUUUAGGCUGUCUCUGUUGCUUGUGCUGUAUGUAAUCCUGGACUGAGACCAGGCAUUGAGCUCUUGGCCAAACUUCUUAUGUUCUUUGUCUUAUAGCUGAAGGUGGUUCAUUAGGGGUUGGUGAUCAGAUUUCUCCCUGAUACACAGCUAUGCACAUGAUCAAAUAAUACCCUAUGUUACAUUUAUUGUUUGAUAGUUCAAAAUACCAUGUUUCUUUGUGAAAGAACAUAUAUGAUUACCAAGAUGUUGUCUCAUACUGUAUGGGAUGGUUCUCUGGAAGUCAAAGGACAAAAAUAUUCUUUAGAACAGCUAAAGAUGCAUAUUUUUGAAUGAAAUAAUAUCAUAUGUAUCAGAAAUAUAAUAGAGCAUUAACAAGCCUAAAACUGCAACACAAGAAGAAUGAUGUGCCUUUAUUCUCAUUCCAUGGAUUAUCAACUCUGAGGAUGAUGAAUUUUAACACGGGACAUGCAGCUUUGAGCUUCAGCCAUUCAAAAAUACUACAGAUGUAGCAUCUAGUGCACAGUUAAGACUUGUUUCUCAAUAUAAAAGUAACAUGGGAACAUUAAAAGGCAGCCUGAGACAAAUUCACAAAACCUGUCUCUGAAUGUUUUAUAUUACAUGACCAGAAAGCUCCACAGCUUCUGGAGUUAAAAAGCUUGGGGACGGUUGUAUUAGGUACAUCCUCCUAGUAACAGGUUGGACCCCCUUUUCCUUCAGAACUACUUUAAUGCUUCAUGGCAUGGAUUCAGCAAGGUGCUGGAAACAUUUCUCAGAAAGUUUGAUCCAUACUGACAUGAUAGCAUCACACAUUUGUUGCAGAUUUGCAACUCCAUGAUGUGAAUCUCUCAUUCCACCACAUCCCAAAGGUGCUCACUGUGGAGGCCAUUUGAAUCCAGUAACCUCACUGUCAUGUUUGAGAAACCAGAUUUGAGAUGAGGGAUUGAACUUUGUGACAUGAUGCAUUAUCUUGCUGGAAGAAGCUAGAAAUUGAGACUCAAUCAGAGGCAACAUUUUUCCAAUCUUCUGUUGUCCAGUGCAAACUGUAUCCUCAGCUUCCUGUCCUGUUCUUGGUCUUCUGCUGUUGUAGCCCAUCUGCUUCAAGGGUUGACAUGUUGUGCUUUCAGAGAUGGUCACCUGCAUACCGUGAUUAUAGCGAUUAUAGAGAUGCUGUUGUCUUCCUGUCAGCUCAAAGCAGUCUGGCCAUUCUGUGUGUGUGUGUGUGUGUGUGUGUGUGUGUGUGUGUGUGUGUGUGUGUGUGUGUGUGUGUGUGUGUGUGUGUGUCAUUGAUCAAAGCGAUUUCUGACUUUAUAGCAUUACACUGUAAAUAAAUAGAUGUCUAAGAUCUAUGAAAAAAAAUUACAUUUUAAGACUAAUACUUGACAGAUGUAUUUUAUUUUUCAUGUUUACUGCUGUGGGUGUGGGUGGGAGUU